AUGGCUGCACAACGUGUUGAAAUUGCUACAUUAAGAACAAUGACAGCACAAGAACGCACUGAUACUAGCGUUGAAGCUGCUGAUCGAGCAAGGGAUGAUGGAGACACUGCCCGUAUUUAUGCUGCACAGUUUGAUCCUUGUUUUAAACAGCCCGGCGUAGAAUUAUUACGUGCUAGAGCAGCAAUGCAAAGGUCGGGAACUCCUGGACAAUCUGCCGCCAUUCCAAUGCUUACACCGGUUUCUGUUCCUGUUCAACUGUGCACAAUUACAUUCUACUCUGAAACUCCUGAAUCCACUAUUGUUGUUAAAGGUCAAAGAGAUCAAGCAGAGAAAGACUUGAAAAAACUUCGUGAGAGUGAAGAUGUCCAAGCUGAAAUUGACUUAAUUUCUGGAGAGGCUUCAAAAGCUUAUACUGGAGCUCCUUCCUCUAAGAAAGACAUUUAUGGUACCAAACUUCCAUGGCCCUUGGUACUUGUUUUGUUUAUGAUGAUUUCUCAGCAAUUGAGUGGAAUUAACGUUGUCAAUUGCUAUGUAUUUUUAAGGGAACCGGUCUCAAGAACAAUGGCUUAUGCAACAAUUGCAAUGGUUGCUAUAAAUGUUUUAAUGACUGCUGUGUCUGUUUAUUUGGUUGAACAUCUCCGCUUUGGACGUGGAACUCUUAACAUUAACUGA